AUGUACUUCGUGGACAAAAAUCCACUGUUGAACUUUGAGUCUUCUGUGUUCAGCUCAUUUUCAGCUAUUCAGUUUAGGUUUUUAAACUUUAACUUUAGGCCCAGUGUGUGUGUUAAAGUCUGAGAGGCAUGCAAAGUAAUUCUCAUUCCCGUAUCUGUAAUACAGCCUCUUAUGUGAGUUUUACAACAUAUGCCCUCUUCUUUUACUAUCAUCUUUCCACUCUGACGCACGUCUCAUGAGUCUCAUAGCAGCCAUGAUCCUUCCCAAUAUGUUGUGAUGAUGGUGCUGAUGAUGAUGGUAGUGGUGGUAUGUAGGCCUUUGAAAGGCACAAUAAAAUUUACAUGCCAUAACGUUAUAAAAGAACAAGGUGGUGGAUUUAUUGUCCCUGAAGCUGAACAAUUACAUUUUUUCCUGCUUUAUAAGUGUAUUCUUUUAUAAGCGUAUUUGGACAAUGACCCCAUAAAACAUUUGGCACAAGUUAAUUUUUCAUGGCUUUGCCCAUUUUUAUUUGUUCUGGAAAGGUUUUAAAGGGCACUAAGCCUGUGGAGAGUCUCUGUGUGCCUUGUCACUCUUGUGUCAGGCAGCAGGAAGGAGGGAACUCUUGAGAAAGAAAGAGCAAAAGAUCCAAAGAUCAGCAGGACCCUUUCCAAAAUCUUCUCUUCUUUCUUCGUCUUCUUAACCCAUCAGAUUUUGGAAUCUACAACCUUUAACCACAACCAUCACUGAUUUUACCUUGUUUGCAGUUUUUUUCUGUGUUUUUAUACUUAUUUUCUUACUUAUUAAUUUCUGCCACUACUAAGACUGGAUUCAUCAUGUCCACACUGAACUGCAGUGUCAAUGCUACCGUGUGCUCUGGCACAUCAUGCCUGGUGCCAGAGAGUAACUUUAACAUUAUCCUCAGCACGGUCUUAAGCACUGUGCUCACUGUCAUGCUGGCCAUGGUCAUGUUUGCCAUGGGCUGCACGGUGGAUGUGCACAAGCUCUGGGGGCACAUCCGCCGGCCAUGGGGUAUCUUCAUUGGCUUUCUCUGCCAGUUUGGCAUCAUGCCCUUCACCGCAUUCGCCUUCUCACUAGCCUUCCAGGUGCUUCCCGUACAGGCUGUGGUCAUCUUAAUCAUGGGCUGCUGUCCUGGAGGCACCAACUCCAAUGUCAUCACCUACUGGCUGGAUGGAGACAUGGAUCUUAGUAUCAGCAUGACAACAUGUUCAUCCAUCCUGGCGCUUGGGAUGAUGCCCCUUUGUCUGCUCAUCUACACCUCAGUCUGGAUCUCAGCUGAUACCAUUCAGAUUCCUUAUGACAGCAUAGGCAUUACGCUGGUGAGUCUGCUUGUGCCUGUCACUUUGGGAAUGUUUGUCAAACACCGCUGGCCCAAGGUGGCGAAAAAGAUCCUGAAGUUUGGCUCUGUUGUGGGCAUCCUUCUGAUUAUCAUCAUUGCUAUAGUGGGUGGAGUGCUCUACCAGUCCUCAUGGACAAUCGCUCCUUCUCUAUGGAUAAUUGGAGCAAUCUACCCACUAGUCGGCUUUGGCCUGGGCUUUCUGCUGGCUCGAUUUGUGGGGCAGCCGUGGUACAGAUGUCGCACUAUUGCGCUGGAGACAGGCUUCCAGAACUCACAGCUGUGCAGCACAAUUGUUCAAUUGUCCUUUGCUCCAGAGGAACUGGAGGUCAUGUUCUCCUUCCCCUUAAUCUACAGUAUCUUCCAGCUCGUUGUGGCCGUGCUGUCAAUUGGUGGUUACCAGCUGUACAAGAGGUACUUUAGGCGAACAUUGCCUGAGGAGGAUAGCGAGAGAGCUGAUGGAGCUGCUGACACUGCCUCUUGUAAAGCCAAGCAGGACUAUGCUUUGGGCAAUGGAGGAUUUCAGAGUGAUGAGAAUGGGAAUACUGAAGACAAGAGAACAGUCACUCAUCUGUGAGGUGGCAUCAGGUUCUAUCUCCAUAUGAACUGCCUUCUGCUGGCAGAAGGGUAUUUACUGCCAGCACUGUUUUGCCCCUGGCUGGUGGAAUGAGCUACCUGUCCAGACACUAUUAUUUAUUAGUGUUCUCUGGAUAAAGUAGUUUGGUGGCAGGUAGCAGGGAAACCUGAAUGUAUUAGUGUGUCAGUAAAAAGACUUCUCUUACAGCAUUUGCUUUAUGAGUAAUGUGCAUUUAAAAACACCAGUGUCAGGUCAGUGUGUAUUGAAUUUGCACAUUGUUCUUAUAACUGAAUCACACAUCUUCUUAACAGCCUCACUGCUCAGCAUACACUAUUUCAUAAACUGAUUUUUUCCAGUUAAAACAAAAACAAAACAUUUAUAUAUGAUCAUAUACUAAUUUAUACAGACACACUGAUGUGACUAACUUUUUUUUUUAAAGGAAUAGGCCCAAAUGAGUGUACUGUAGCCACAAACUAAACACUUGUGGGCACGAAUUGUGUAACUUGAGCACAAGACUGAAUAUGUUGUAAGACAUUUAUUUUUAAGAUGUGGCCUCAAUUUAAUUAUUUGGUGGGAAUUGGCAAAAAAGUUUGUUCAUUUUGAGAAUUUGUCUUAACUUUUGUGGCUCAAGUUUAGAAGCAAAAGUUCCUGAAUUUUCACCACGGUGAGAUCAUAUGACUGUGCAGCAAUGUUUUAGAUAUUCUGUUCAUAUAUAUGUUUGAUACCAGUGUUCAGUGUUUUCAGCCUUUUUUUUUCCCUCUAACUGUGUAUGAAAGAAUAAGUAAAAUUAUUUUUGUUGAAAGAUUGUGCCUAUUGGUACUUGCAUAUGAUAUUGUCAUAUGAGCUGGACCUAAAACUGCAAACAGUGUUUUAAUUUAACAAUGUAAUUUGUAUUUAAAUGAAGGUUUUAUGCAAGUAAAUAACAAAUGGUAAGCUUAAAUUUUAAUUUCAUUUCAAGAAAUAUUUUUAAUAACACUUAUCAUUUUGAAACAGCAAAAUAUUAUUUCAUAUAAUUUUUAUAUAUUAUAAAUUUGGCAAAAACUGAGAUGUCAUUACUUGACAAAAGAAAAAAAUAUGUUGUAUAAAAAAACUGUAAUAUUACUGUGACGGUAUUAUAAAUAUGAUCUCAAUUGUAGUGAUGUAAAUAUAUUAAAUAGUAAGUGAAUAAUUUUAGCCAUUUAAAUGUGUAAACAAUUGACUAGACUCUAAUUAAUUGUGUUGUUUUUUGUGAGCUGGGAUAAAUUAUAUCAUGUGCAAAUAAAUUUGUGUUCUUUUGUCCUUGGUA